AUGCCACAUGAGAUGCAGGAGAGACUGACAGUUAGCGUCAAAGAUGGCGGACGAGGAAAUUUUGGUGGACGGGCGCGCACUUUCAGACCUACGUGUGGUCGAUCUGAAGAAAGAGCUCGACAAGCGAGGGUUGUCAAAAGUGGCAGCAAGUCACAGUUAUCCGAAAGACUAAAAACGUUCAUUCUUGAUGAAAGGCAGGGAGGCAGCAACAGUGCAGAUGGAGAUGACGGAGUGUCAAAUGAAAAGAUUGUCCCUGAAGAAAAUGAAUAUCUGAAGCAAUAUUUUGAACAAAAACGCCAGUUGUUAGAGAGCCAGAGGGAGGCUCGGAAAAAAAUCGAAGAAGAGGAAGAGCGUCAGCGUUUACUUGAGCAGAGUCAGGAAGAACAAAGACAAGAGGCUGUGAGUGAGGCAGCAAGUGCCGGGGACCAAAGUGUCAGCGAACCCAAGGGUGAGGAAGUGGGGGCAGGGGAUCAAGUGCCAAGUAAACCAGUAAGCCAAGAAGACCAACCCAAGGAGGCCACACCCUCAGCUCCAGAGGAAAACAUGCGUCAAACUAGGCGCAGUCGGCGAUCAGGGGACUCCACAAUAAGCAACAACAACAACACUGCUGCAGACAAGGGAGGUAAUGGGGAUGCUACAGCCGAGGUGAUGGCCCCUGUUGAGGAGAAGCGGUCGUCACGGCGUAGGUGGAGUCGAAAGGAUUCAAAGCAGAAGGAGGAGAGUGCAGAGGAAAUUGCAUCGGUCCAGAAAGGUGAAGAGUCAAGCCCUGCUGUGGUAGUAACAGACACUAGUGGUCAUCAGGCUGAUAAUAAGAAGUUAGGGGAAGAUGUUGUACCUAGUGAAGAGCAGCCCAAAGAGAGUACAACAGUACCAACUGACAGUACGAAAGGAACCAAGGAAACCAUGGACACAAAUCCCACAGAGGAAGAAAAGCGAGCAGACACUGAAGAGAGUGACCAGAAACAGAGGAAAGUUUCAGAGAAGACGGCAGAAAAAGAAGAAAGCAAUCCAGAAGGAGGACAAAAGUCUCUCCGUGAACGACCAGCAAGAAGCAGAAAGAAAAGGUCAUCUGAAUCCAGUGAAGCCUCGGCAUCUUCAGACUCUUCAUCUUCAUCCUCCAGAUCUCGAUCAGGAUCUUCUUCCAGUAAAAGCUCUAGCUCCGAUUCAAGGUCUAGGUCACCGAAGAGGACACAGGGAAAAGUACAAAAACGUAGGUCAUCAAAGUUGGAAGAAGACAAGAAAUCAGACACAAAAGUGUCUGAAAGGCAAAGACCCGAUUCCCCAAUGGAGACUUCAGAAGCACAGGAGAUCUCUAAGGAGGGACAGAAGCCUCGUUCAAGGUCGAGAUCACCAAAAGAUUCUCCCAAAGAGCCAAAUCCUAAACUAGCAGGAAAUGAGAACCCACCAGUGCUUGAGGAGGUUAAAAUGGAGACCUCUUCUCCCAGAUCUGCCCCACGUGAAGUGAAAUCCAUCAGCUCUAGCACCAAGAAGAAACAUCUCAGGAGAUCUAGGUCAAGCUCCAGCUCUAGCUCUGACUCCAGAUCUAGGUCGAGGUCAUUCUCUGGCUCAAGGUCAAGGUCAAGGUCUCCUCCAAAGAUGAAGAAAGAGAUUAAUAAUAGUGCAGUAGAAAAUGGAGAGAUGGCGGUCCAAAAAAGUAAAGACAGUAAGGUGGAAUCCGGAGAUGUUCAUGUUGGAGGGGAGGACGCUAACAGGAAGGCAGUAGAUGAUGAGAAGAAACAGAAGCAAGACAAGCGAGAGGAAAACGAGAGGCGAGUCAAAAGGGAUACAAAGUCUGAGGACAGUGACAGUGAAAACAAGGAUGGUGAAGGUUCCAUGGAAACUGAUGAAAACUCUGAUAAUGUGAAAGAUUCAGAACAGACCAGAACUCUGACCGAAGACACUGGCGCCGCCACCAAGCCUACACGGCGGAUUUCUAGACCAAAUGACAAAGAUGGAGGGAGGGGAAGCACAGAGACCAAAGAGGGCACAGAGAAGCCGGCAAGGAAGAGACGCUGGGGAUCCUCCACCGCCAAGUCAACCAGCAAAACUACCACAGUCAACAUCUCCACUGACUCGCUCAAGAGCCUGAUACCGGAGAUAAAGACAACAGCCUUGACCGCUGACCCUAUCCUUGACCUGGGGAUGAUGGACGGCUCACUGUCAGACACAGAGGAAGAUAAAAGGGACAUAAAGAUCAAGAGAACUGUUGUACAGCGACCUGCUGAUGAGAGUGAUGAAGAAGAGGACGGCGAGGAGAAGGUACAUGUAGUUGAGGUUGUACAGAAGGAGGAGAUGGUUGUCAGGGAGGUGAAGAAGGAGGUCAGCAAUGAUCCCAUGAUUGUCCGUCAGACCAGUAGGACACUUCCAUCACUCCCCCUAGAGACAGAAGAGCCUGAGAAGGCGCGGAGAUCCCCGUCCCCACCCCGAAAUCCUGUAACAAAGAUUGUACAUGUGUGUAACUUGGUGCGGCCGUUCACCCUUCUCCAGCUGACAGAGCUUCUGAAGAGGACAGGUACCCUGGUGGAGGGAGGCUUCUGGAUAGACAAGAUCAAGUCACAUUGCUACGCCACGUUUGAGACAGAAGACCAGGCUUUUGAGACGAGGAAAGCUUUACAUGGAACAAGAUGGCCUUCCUCAAACCCUAAGAUACUGAGGGUAGAGUUUGCUCAGGAAGAUGAGUUUUGGCGUCACAAAGCCACCGAUGAUGGGUCUGUCCCAGUGAAGAAAGACCCGAAACGUGAAAGUUCAACCAGGAAAAGGCGGGAAUCUGAGAAAAGUCCAAGGGAUUCCAAGAAAAGGGAAGAACAGAGAAAACAACACGUUCGGGAAUGGGACAGAGACAAGCUGACCCAGAGGUCACGAUCAAGGUCACCCCAGGGGUCAAGGUCAAAGUCCAGAGAGAGGAGAAGGCAGGAGAGAUUAAGGGAGAGGAAAGAAAGGAAAGAGAAGAAGGUGGAAGAAGAAGCUCCAGCUAAGCUGCUUGAUGACCUGUUUAAGAAGACAAAAGCCACACCAUGUAUUUACUGGUUACCUCUAACUGAGGAACAGAUUGUGAAGCGUGAUGAGGAGCGGAAGAACCGACAGGUGGAGCGAGAGAAGAGGAAGAAAGAGCUGGAUGCUCGUGAAGCUGCCGAAAAGAAACUGCAGCAGCACAAAUCAGCAGAGGCAGCUGGUAGGUCCCAGAGACCGCGGAGCAGGAGUCCUCAGCGUGGCCGUGAUCAGAGGGCACAGAGGGAGAGGGAUCGCUCGCCCGACCGAGAACAAAGGCGUCGCCCGGGUGAGUCUGCUCGAUCAGGCCGUGACCGCAGAAGCCCACCACUCCGUGCUAGAAGUCGUAGCAGGAGUCGCAGUAGGGGCGCUCGAAGACGCUAGCCCUGGAAUAGCAGCUGAGGCUUACGUAUUGUAACAAAGGAUCUAUUGACGAUCAGUUGUAUAAAGUGUUUUAAAAUAUAACUGCAUUUUUGUUUUGUCCUCCAAAUCUGUUUGAUCAUGUAAGUGGGCAAAUAUUCUGUUGCUUUGGUGUGUUAAAUAACCAAAGGUAAGUACAGUCUGUGUGUCAAUUUAAAACUUGCACAUUUUAUAACUGCUUUCUUGAUCUCGCAUUUCAACGCUAUGCAUUUUACAUGCUCAGUCCUUUUUACUGCUUGCACAGGUAAAGAAGAAAAAUAGUUUUUACACUCUUGCUUUUUUAAAAUGAGGGCAUUAUAAAAAAUACAUGCACUACAUUUCAUUUAUUUUAUCACUGAACUGGUCAUCAGUAACUGCCCAUUUCACCACAGGGCAACACAAUACUUUUGUCCAGACAUGUGUGUAAAGAAAAAACAUAUACCAUCAUAAAAAUAUCGUCAUACUUAACAACCUGCCAGCGUAGACUUCACAGCUGGUGAUGGAAGUUGCAUUGUCAAGUAAACCACCUCCAUUUUCUCAGUGAGUAAACAUUGGGCGAGUGUAUUUAGAAGCAUUUAAGAAAUGAACACUAGAAUUAUCUUGUAGUUUGUGGUACAUGUAAGACUUUACCAGCAGUGGACGGUGGCUUUCUUUCUGCUGUCUUGAAUACUAGGUACAAUUCACAACACACAUCUAGUAUAGAUUACACAUGACUACAUGUAUAUGUACCAUACGCGCUGGUGUUGUAAUUAUCUUGCGGCCCUGAAAGUUACCUCUGCAUAAAACAGUUGUAGAUCAGAACCCAUAUGUGCUGUCAUAGGCAUAAUUCUUCCGGUGGUAUACACUUAAUUACAGUAAGGCCAGUAUUCAAAUAGAAAGGCGCCGUUUGUAUUUUUUGCGUGAAUUUGUCAUAUAGCAGCCCUCUUGUAUGUUUUGAUCAUCGCUUUGUUUUAAUUCAUAGAUUUUCAUUUAUAUGUCUAAUCAUGUUCAUGCAAGUUAUUAGUAAAUACUUUGUGAAUGAUAAACAUAGUAGAAAGUAAAGAAAAUGGU